GAUGGUAUAUAAGCGAUUAUCGAGCGUCUGUUGUUUACAAGUGGUUUCUAUCAACUGUACAUAGUGAAGAUGGCGAAACUAAUUUGCUUUGUUAUCGUAACGUUAUUUCUAUUUUGGGAUGGAGUAAAAUCCGAUUCAUUUGGCGAUAUUGCGAGCGAAUUAAAUGCCAAACUUAUUCAAAACAAUGAGGAUGCAAAAGAUAGCAGCAAAGAACCAAAUGCUGUUUAUAAAUAUGGUGCCGAUGCAUAUGCUAAGCAGUUCAUUGCAUUUUUGGAGAAAUUAAAAGAUAAAACAUUAUCCGAGGAAUUUGAGAACCUUGACCAUGAAGCAUGGAAUGGUCACUACCUGAUGAAAUUAUAUGCGUCUGAAAAUUUGUCUAAUGCAAUGUCGCUGAAUGGAACCGAAUUUCAGACUCUCAAUCUUCCUCAUCUUCACAUGAAAAAUACUGACGUUCUUCGAAAAAUUUACUAUUUUCUAAGCGAUUGGGUUAUUCACAUGUUUGGAGACUCGUCGGUGAAAAAGUGUAAGGCGCCCAUAUCUUUGGGAAAAGUACAAGUAGAAAAAGUUCGUGAACUUUAUCUUGAAGCUUUACAAGUAAUUGCGGAUACAAAUUGUCCACAGGAUCGAUUCAAGCGAUUUGAGAUAGCGUUCAUCUAUUUCUAUAAUAUAGCGAAACGUGCUAAGGGCACGAAAAAAUUCCACGAGGAUGCACUCGUUUUGCAAGGGUAUCAGAAUCUAGUGAACAAACGUAUGUCAGAUGCAUCAUCAGUUGCUGUGCUGAAUUUUGGCCCAAGUCGCAGUAAAAAAAUACCAAUACCGCUCACAAAGAAAAAAAUACCAAUUCCAAAAUUCAUUGCCAAGAAUCCAGAUGAAUUCACAAAGUAUUUGCAGACUAAAGUCAAGGAUCUGAGAGGAAAAAUGAGAUACAGUGGCAACCUUAUUGCUGCAUUUAAUUUGAUUUCAAAUGAAAUAAUCAACUUAUAUCAUUACAUCUAUCAAUAUGCACCCGAAAAAUUUGUUGUUGACAAUUUCGAUGAUUUAGUUAGAGAUUUUCUGGCAAUUUAUAUGCAUAACUUAACUACAAAAGAAGAAAUGAAUACUUACAUCAUAUACAUAGCGCAUCCAACUUUUAUACGCAUUUUUGGACCAAGGAAAGUUAAAAGGGUUGAUACAUAUAGCCGAGAUAGUGAUCGUACAUCGCAAAGAUAUUAAUCAAUAUUCGGAAAGAAAAAGAGUGAAAAAAUUACAUAUCAAUAUUUUUAAUUGAAACCAUUUUCAGUCAAGUAGAACGAAAGUUUACACUUGGAAAGAAUUCCAAUUUAAGAUAACAUUCAUGUAAUCAAGCGUUCAGAAAGACAUACAUUUAUGCGAGCGAUUGAAUGAUGCUUGCAUCAUUUGAUGCGCAUCGAUUGUGCUGUUGCCAUACAUUCGGAUCUUCGGCAGCGCACGAAGUGCUCCGAACGCACAACGAAAGCACUAGCGAUGCGCAUCAAAUGAUGCAAGCAUCAUUCAAUUGCUCGCAUAAAUGUAUGUCUUUUUGAACGCUUGCAUGUAAUCAUUGAUAUGUAUUAUAUGUGCGUAAUAAAAAGCAGUUCAAUACGAAAAAAAAGUUAGCAUUUUACGUUAAAA